AUGGAUAAGGUGCAACCGAAUACGUACCAUAUUUUGAUAUAUGUACUCAUCAUACUAUUGUCACUUUUGCCCUUCAAACUUAGUGCAAAGCACAAAAGUAUCAAAUUGGAGCUCCACGAUAAAGUAUUAGCACUGGUACUGGGGUCAACAACAAAUAUAGUUUGGUUUGGUUUGUACACAACUUAA